AUGCCUCCAGAGUUUCACAAGAAGUACUUUCCUAUGGUGACUGAAAAGGAGUUAGAGAACUAUAGGGAUACCAGUUGCACCAAGCUAAACAAAAAGAUGCCAGGGGUUUCUCCCACUAAAGAAGCCCCUCGACAUCUUCGACUUCUUUAUCAGGAAUUGCUCCCACAUAACCUUGACCCUCGUUAUCGCGAUUGCCUUCGUGAAAGACUGGAGCGUCGUGAAAUGAUGCUUCGUCGGCGUCAUCUGCACAUACCCGAAUUCUAUGUCGGUAAUUGUUAG